AUGUCUUUGAUAGGAGUUAGCCUACCUACCUACAAAGUAAGCAUAUUGUCAACCUUCCUCACUCCCUUCAAGUACCUAAGUCCUGGCACCACAAACACGGAGGAUGAAGACAAUCUAAGUACCAGCAGUGCUGAAGUGAAGGAAAACCGAAACGUGAGCAACCUGGGGACCAGGCCCCUGCCUCCUGGAGACUGGGCCAGAGGCAGCACGCCCAGCAUUAAAAGGAAAAGGCCACUGGAGGAAGGAAAUGCAGGGCAUUUCUGCAAACUCCAGCUGAUCUGGAAGAAGCUCUCCUGGUCUAUGACACCCAAGAAUGCGCUGGUCCAGCUGCAUGAGCUGAAGCCAGGUCUGCAGUACCGGAUGGUGUCACAAACUGGCCCAGUACACGCCCCAGUCUUCGCGGUGGCUGUAGAAGUAAAUGGGCUCACAUUUGAAGGCACAGGGCCCACUAAGAAGAAAGCCAAGAUGCGGGCAGCAGAGAUGGCCCUGAAGUCUUUCGUGCAGUUCCCCAAUGCAUUCCAGGCCCACCUGGCCAUGGGCAGUAGUACCAGUUCAUGCACUGACUUCACCUCUGACCAGGCCGACUUCCCAGACACGUUGUUCAAGGAGUUUGAACCAUCCUCAAGAAAUGAGGACUUCCCGGGCUGUGGUCCCGUCGACACUGAAUUUCUGUCCUCUGCCUACCGGCGAGGACGGCUACUCUACCACACACUGGACCUCAUGGGCCAGGCUCUGCCUGACAGGUCCAGGCUGGCUCCUGGGGCCCUGAGUGAGAGGAACCCUGUAGUGGUGCUGAAUGAGUUACGCUCAGGUCUGCGAUAUGUGUGCCUCUCGGAAACAGCCGAGAAGCCCCGAGUCAAGAGUUUUGUCAUGGCUGUGUGCGUGGACGGGAGGACGUUCGAAGGCUCUGGACGCAGCAAGAAGCUGGCCAAGGGCCAGGCAGCACAAGCUGCCUUACAGGCCCUCUUCGACAUCCGGCUGCCUGGCCACACACCCAGCAGAAGUAAAAGCAACCUCUUGCCACAGGAUUUUGCAGACUCUGUGUCCCAGAUGGUCACUCAGAAGUUCCGUGAACUAACAGUCGGCCUGACAUCUGUGUAUGCCCGCCACAAAACACUAGCAGGAAUCGUCAUGACAAAAGGCUUGGACACCAGACAAGCGCAGGUCAUCGUCCUCUCCUCUGGGACCAAGUGUAUCAGUGGCGAGCACAUCAGUGACCAGGGGCUCGUUGUCAACGAUUGCCAUGCUGAAAUUGUGGCCAGGCGGGCAUUUCUUCACUUCCUCUACACUCAGCUGGAGCUGCACUUGAGCAAGCACCGAGAGGACUCUGAGAGAUCAAUAUUCAUCCGUUUAAAGGAAGGAGGCUACAGGCUUCGAGAAAACAUCCUCUUCCAUCUCUAUGUGAGCACGUCCCCCUGCGGAGAUGCCAGACUCAACUCUCCCUACGAAAUCACAACAGAUUUGAACAGCAGCAAACACAUCGUCAGGAAGUUCCGAGGCCACCUGCGCACCAAGAUUGAGUCUGGGGAAGGGACAGUCCCUGUCCGGGGUCCCAGUGCAGUCCAGACAUGGGAUGGCAUCCUGCUGGGGGAGCAGCUAGUCACCAUGUCCUGCACAGACAAGAUUGCCAGCUGGAACGUGCUGGGACUACAAGGUGCUCUCCUCUGUCACUUCAUCGAGCCUGUGUACCUCCACAGCAUCAUUGUGGGAAGCUUGCACCACACGGGCCACCUUGCACGGGUCAUGAGCCACAGGAUGGAGGGCAUCGGCCAGCUGCCUGCCUCAUACCGGCAAAACAGGCCUCUCCUUAGUGGCGUGAGUAGCACAGAGGCACGGCAGCCGGGGAAGUCUCCCCAUUUCAGUGCCAACUGGAUCGUGGGCAGCGCUGACCUGGAGAUCAUUAACGCCACAACUGGGAAGAGGAGCUGUGGGGGCUCAUCCCGGCUCUGCAAGCACGUGUUUUCUGCUCGGUGGGCACGGCUGCAUGGUAGGCUAAGCACACGGAUCCCCGGCCAUGGAGACACACCGUCCAUGUACUGUGAGGCCAAGCUGGGGGCUCACACCUACCAGUCUGUUAAACAGCAGCUCUUCAAGGCUUUUCAGAGAGCUGGUCUUGGCACCUGGGUGAGAAAACCACCAGAGCAAGAUCAGUUUCUACUAAGCCUCUAAGUCGCUAGACUCCUUUGCUAUUGGAGCAGAGUGGAAUGUCUGGAGAGAAGGCAGCUGUGUGAUGGUGUAGUGUGCCCAUCAGUUCUUGACAUUUAUCCUCCUUCGGUGUUCAGGAACACAUGGGUCCAUGUUCAGAUGGGAGAUGAGAUUUGAGUUGUGGCCAUGCUAUUUCCCCCUGAGUUGUUAGUUCCAAGAACUCUGUCCACAUAGCUAGAGGUAGAAGCACUAUUGCAUCAGCCCCAUCCCUUACUGGAGGUCAAAAGGAAACAAUCUGUUCAGGCAAGAGGAGCUUAGAGGCAAGAUUGGUACUUAAGUGCAGCCUCAUGAACCAUCCUCUGUGCUCCACCCACCCCCCAUGGGCCUCUCUCGUGGUGUGAUUGAGUCUCACCAGCACAAGUUUAUAUGACUUCAAGAUAAGCCACAGGUGAAAAGAAAAGCCAUGGGUUCCCCAACUCCAAAGAACCCAACAGGAAUGCUAUAUUGUCUUCAUUAUUCAUUCAGGCCUUUCCACCUUCUUUCGAGAAGGACUUGAGAUGGACACUGUUGAGGAGCAACUAAAGUAAAUAAAAAACCAUGUAUCUGACACAAAGGGACAGCUACCUAAGACACAAAAGAGUCAUGAUCUGUGAUGCAAAGAAACUGCUUUUAAACUGCCCAAUGGUAGAAUGUUUCAAACAAGCCUAAGCCGAUUCACUUGAUCACACUUUUCAUUGCUUUUCAUAGAUAAUGACAGCCAUGGAAGUGAGAACUGCAGAAUGCUUAACUACUACCCAAUAAUAGUAGAUAAAGUAAUGAAACUGAGUCUUAGAUCAAAUUCUGAAUUUUUAUUAUAAAGAAAGCAUACACAUAAAACAUUCAACAAAAUCUUUAGGUUUGAGGAGCUACUCAAUCUCUAUCAUUUUAGGUUCCUUAAUCAUCAUCUUGCAUGCAUACAAUAAUAAUAAUUAUAACAAUAAUAAUGAUGACUUACCAUAGCUGCCAAAUUUAAAGAAACAGAGUUAUACCACUUAUAGAAUGGGUAUCAAGGUUCAUGGCUAUACAUAAAUCUUUUUAUUAUUUAGCCUAUAUCAUGAUCCCUAAGAGGAGAGGACCCAGGCAAAGGGAGGCAUGUCACUAACAUAUUUUUAGUCCUUUAAUUAGUCCAUGUUCCUUUAAUUAAUUUUUUCCACUUGGAACUCAUUUCAACAUUCAUCAAGCUAUUUAACAUGUGCAUAAUCUUUUUUUGUUUAAAAACCCCCCAUCUAAUGGGCUGUAGAGAUGGCUCAGCUAAGAGUACUUGGUGCUCCUAGAGAGGACUCUGGUUCAUUUCCCAGCACCCACAUGGCAGCUUACAAACAUCGAUAACUCCAGCUCCAGUGGUUACAACACCCUCUUCUUGCCUCUGAGGGCUCCAUGCACCCAUGCAGUACACUUAUAUACAUGUGGGCAAACUAUCAUACACAUAAAAUAAAAAUAAAUAAUCCCUUUUUAAUUCCAUCUGAAAUACAUUAUUGGUUUUUUGUUUUGUUUUUAAAAGUAUAGGAGGAGCCAGUUCUAGAAUAUCGGAUUCCUGGUUAGAAUUCCAGCUUAUCAAUCCUCAAUACAAAUUCAACCAUUACAUCAUGAUGUAUAUAUUCUAAUAUAUAUUGCAGAUAUCACAAGAAGGAGGUAAAUAUGAAAUACAUUGAAAUGUAGUUAUCUGAUGCAAUAAAAAGAAAAGUGGAGAUAUUAAGUCCUUGGAUUUAAUAUAAGACCACAUUUAUCACUAAAGUCCUUUGAGGAAAGAAUAUGAGCACCAUUGUAAAAACAUUUUCAAGAUAAACUUUCAGAGAUGUGCAAAUAUUUUUGCAAAUAAAUGGUUAAUAUUAAUCUUUCAUAAAUCCUGAGGAAAAAGGAAUCUUCAUUCAGUGUAAAGGCUAUGAUCAAAGAGCUACUACAAAGAUUACUUGUAGUAAUCUCCAAUAACUUGACGUAUAACUAGGAGGAAGCUUAGAGACCCAAGAAACCUUGAGAGCUGAGUUGUGGCUUCUGUGUUGUCUUUCAACUGUUAGGUACAGUUACUUUCUGGCUGAAAUCUAAGACCUCCCUCAAACCAUUUGUAUUUUGAGGGGUGGAAUGGAGAAAGCACAGCACUUCACAUCAGUGUGAUCCAAACAGUGUUAGCAGUUAUAAAAAGAUUGGCAUUAACUGCAGGGUCUUAAAUGUUUCCAUCAUGUGAUGGAAAGAGGAAGAAUUGGCCACCUUUCAAGUAUCCUCAGUAAAUACCGCCACAAUGGCCUAUGCAAGAGACACAGAAAGCAGUUGCUUACCCAACAGUGAACACCAUCAUGUGCAUAAAUUGCAGGUCUAGGGUUAGGACUCAUGGUGUCUAAGGUACUGUUUUUCCAGAAACAACCCAAACUUUCCUAAACAUGACUAUGUCUUGAGAAAAAAAAAAAGCCACUCAUUGAAUUCAUUCUACCUGUUAGCACUAACAUAGAGAUUCUCUUAUUUACUUUAAUUAUGUAUGCGUGGAGGGUAUGUGCAUAUGUACAUGUGU